ACAGCGUAACAGCGCUACUCCUCUUCUCUUUCUCACCGCUCCUUUCCACCGCCGGCGAUUCUCAGCCCUGCCCCGACCAGCGACCCAGCCUUCUCUCCACCACACCAGCCGCUUCCACAAACCGUUCAUUUACUACAUUUGUUGAGUUGAAGAUGUCAAAUUCAGAGUCUUUCACCCAAGACAUAGGAAGCAAUCAGCCACUCAAUGAUAUACUUGAAGAUAUUGAAGUUGAAGAACUAGGGCUCAAGGGAGAGGAAGAGGAAGAGGGAAUGGCGCCGCCGGCAUCAAAAAAGCGUAAACACGCAGUAAGAUCGGGUAUAUGGAAAAUUUUUGAUAAAGUGUUUGAAGAUUCAAUUCAAAAAGGAAAAUGGAAACUGUGUGGAACGUGUAUAGCUGCUGAUUCGAAGCACAAUGGCACAUCCACUAUGUGGAAGCAUCAUGCUUCAUGUUUGAAGAAAAAUGAAGCGGAAAAGAAUCAAACCAUUUAGAUUCGUGGAACGAGAUGGAUUUCGUUUAUUCUUCCGUGAUAUGUUACCAAACUUUAAUAUCCCGAGCAGAUACACGAUAAGAUCGGAUUGUGUGAAGAUGUUUCUAGAGGAGAGGGAACUAUUGAAAGUGAUUUUCUCCAGACCAGGCAUGAGUAGAGUAUCAAUUACCACCGGCUGUUGGACUAUAGUCAAUAACACAACCUUUAUUUGUGUUACAUCACAUUUUAUCGACCAGGAAUGGAGGCUGCACAAGAAAAUAAUCAGCUUCUUUGACAUUACUAGUCAUAAGGGGGAUGAUAUUGCUAAGGUGUUGAUAAAGGCUCUUACGAACUGGGGCAUUUAGAGCCUUUUUUGUUGCACCAUGGACAAUGCUAAAAACAAUGAUGUAUCAAUCUAGGAAAUGAAGUCCAACUUUAAUGCGAGAGGCAUGCUUGUUGCCGAUGGACAAUAUUUUUCAUCAAAGGUGUGUUGCACUUGUUGUCGAAGACGGCAUGAAACAAAUGGGCAUGGCUGUUGUACGAGUUAGAGAAGUCGUGAAAUGGAUAAAGAGUUCAUCAGCUAGGUCUAACGCCUUCAAGGAUAUUGCCAAGGUAUGUAAGGUUGAUACUAAAAUUUUGUGUCAAGAUGUACCAACUAGAUGGAACUUGACUUACUUAAUGCUCGAGCUGGCAUUGCCAUAUGAGCUGGCUAUAAAGUUGUUCAGCAACGUCAAUCCCCAGUUUGGUAGGGAUUUGAGAAACCUGAAACACAACGACCUCACAGUUGGCGUACCUGGAGAAGAAGAUUGGAUUGAAGUGAGGAAGGUGUGUAGUUUUCUCCAAUUCUUUUAUGUUAUGACUCGUCUCGUCUCUGGCACCAUGUAUGCUACCUCACAUUCAUUUCUUAUGGAGAUGUGUGACAUAUUCCUUAUCAUAAAACUGUUGGAGGAUGGUGAAGAUGCUGAGGUUAGUUACAUGGCUAAGAAGAUGAUGGAAAAACUUGGUAAGUAUUGGUUAGAGGAAUAUGAGCUAAAUCCAAACAUGAACAAAAUUCUGUACAUUGCUGCAAUGCUUGUUCCUAGACAAAAGAUGAAGCAUGUAGAGUUUUGUUUGAAGAAGUUGUAUGGUGAUGCACGGGCAAAUGAGUUGGCAGAGGAGUUGAGAAAAUCAAUCUUUGACUUAUUUGAGUUGUACAAGAAAGAAUUCACUCCAGUGUAAACACGACCACGAACAACUUCAACUAGCCAAAUGUCGAAUAGGCCAAUUGAUCGGCGUUUUCUUGGUAAAAGUUCUUGUAACAUUCUCUGCGUUGCUAGUGAGGAAGAUGAUGAUAAAGGUGAAGCUCAGAGCUCACUCGUUACUUCGCAGAGAAGCAAUACAAGGCAAGUGAACAUGAGCAUUUUGACAUUCUUAUAUGGUGGAAGACAUGCGGUAUUUCCUUUCCUAUUCUGUCAGAGAUGGCUAAAGAUAUCCUAGCUAUUCAUAUAUCAAGCGUUGUUUUUGAGUUGGCAUUCAGCAUGGGGGGCGUGUGCUGUCGACAUUUAGAAACUCUUUGGCACCGGAAAUGGUAGAAGCUUUUAUAUGCUCUGAGGAUUGGUUGAGGUCUAGUUCUAGUUCUGCCGAUCUCAUGGAAGAAGAUGGAGAGCCAAACCAUUUUUGAGAAAGUAAUACUAUGAAACGGUGGAGGCACUCUAUAAGGAUGGCAAAUUGACGUGGCCAUUGGACGGUGCAGAAUUUGGAGAAUUGGAAAGAACUCAUUCAAGUGAUCAUGAUGAAAGUUAAAUUUAUCGUGCAUUUGGUUUGGAAUUUGAAAAUAUUGAACUUGGAGGUUUUUUUUGAAUAUUUGAACUUUGAAUGGUUGAUGAAUUGACCUUGUUAUUUUGGAAUCUUUGAAUUUGGAGUUGUUUACUUUUUUGAAUAUUUCAACUUUUGGAUUAAGCAUAUUAUAAGUAGGUUGUUUACUUUGAUUGAUUA